AUGGCUGCGUCGGCGGCCCUGUCCGCGGCGGCGGCGGCGGCCCUAUCGGGCCUGGCAGUGCGGCUGUCACGCUCGGUCGCGGCCCGCGGCUCCUACGGCGCCUUCUGCAAGGGGCUGACGCGCACGCUGCUCACCUUCUUCGACCUGGCCUGGCGGCUGCGCAUGAACUUCCCCUACUUCUACGUGCUGGCCUCGGUGAUGUUCAACGUGCGCCUGCAGGUGCGCAUCGAGUGAGCCACGGGGCCGGGCUGGGGUC